GCUGUCUGUGAGCAUUGAGCCGGCUGGCGCCAUCCUGCUCCUUUCAGAAAGAAUGCCUUCCCUGUAAAAAAAAAAAAAAAAAAAAAGGGGGGGGCAGAGAGAGAGAAAGCACAAUCUGAUCUGAUCAAGCAGUUUCAGCUUCAUCUCUCCUGGGUCACAUACUCCUCCACCAAGGUGAUCAAAGAAGAGAAACAUCUGCAAAGAGCGGAAGAUACUGUUGGGAUCUCGCUUCUUAGAUUUUUGUUUGUUUUCCCUACUAUUUUUUCAUCUUUUUGGAAUCGGUUAUUAUUAUCAUUUUAUUUAUUUAUCUUUUUAAAAAAAAACCCACGACAACGUCUCUCUGUAUAUAAACUCACCGCCAACCUUCCCUUUGAAAGUCUGCCCGGCUUUGGGGAGGAGGAAGAGAGGCAGCUCCGCACCGAGAUGGAGGUGACUACCGACCAGCCGCGGUGGGUAAGCCACCAUCACCCCGCGGUGCUGAAUGGGCAGCAUCCGGACUCACACCACCCAGGGCUCGGCCAUUCCUACAUGGAUCCAACUCAGUACCCGCUGGCCGAGGAGGUGGAUGUACUUUUUAACAUCGACGGACAAGGGAAUCACGUCCCUUCCUAUUACAGCAACUCGGUCCGAGCCACGGUGCAGAGGUACCCGCCGGCCCAUCACGCAGGGAGCCAGGUGUGUCGCCCACCGCUUCUCCACGGAUCUCUCCCUUGGCUGGAUGGGAGCAAACCCCUGGGGGGCCACCACAGCGCGUCUCCUUGGAACCUGAGUCCCUUCUCCAAGACCUCGAUCCAUCACAGCUCUCCGGGACCCCUCUCCGUCUACCCGCCGGCUUCCUCCUCCGCUUUAUCCGCGGGUCACUCCAGUCCGCACCUUUUCACCUUCCCUCCGACCCCUCCCAAAGAUGUCUCCCCGGAUCCCUCCAUCUCCACCCCGGGAUCCACUGGCUCCAGCCGGCAGGACGAGAAGGAAUGCAUCAAGUACCAGGUGUCCCUGGCUGACACCAUGAAGCUGGAGUCCUCUCACUCCCGCAGCACCAUGGCAUCGCUAGGAGGGGCCUCCUCUUCCGCUCACCACCCCAUCACCACCUACCCGCCCUACGUCCCAGAAUAUGGCUCUGGACUGUUCCCCCCCAGCAGCCUCCUAGGGGGCUCGCCUACCGGGUUUGGGUGCAAAUCAAGACCAAAAGCGCGCUCCAGUACAGAAGGCAGGGAGUGUGUAAACUGUGGCGCUACCUCAACCCCCCUGUGGAGGAGAGAUGGCACCGGGCAUUAUCUGUGUAACGCCUGUGGACUCUAUCACAAAAUGAAUGGGCAGAACCGGCCCCUGAUUAAGCCCAAGAGAAGGCUGUCUGCAGCAAGACGGGCGGGCACAUCCUGUGCAAACUGUCAGACCACCACCACCACGCUGUGGAGGAGAAAUGCCAAUGGUGAUCCUGUCUGUAACGCCUGCGGGCUCUAUUACAAGCUGCACAAUAUUAACAGACCCCUGACUAUGAAGAAAGAAGGAAUUCAGACCAGAAACCGAAAAAUGUCUAGCAAAUCCAAAAAGUGCAAAAAGGUCCAUGACAGCCUGGAAGAUUUCCCCAAGAGCAGCUCCUUUAACCCCGCCGCCCUCUCCAGACACAUGUCCUCCAUCAGCCACAUUUCACCUUUUAGUCACUCUAGCCACAUGCUGACUACGCCGACACCGAUGCACCCGCCAUCCAGCCUCUCUUUCGGACCUCAUCAUCCUUCCAGCAUGGUCACUGCCAUGGGUUAGAGACAGACUCCCCCUGCUGAAUGCUUACGGUCUCAAAAUGAGAUUUACUUUAUAUACUUGCAUUUUUGCAGGCGUGAGGUUAUCCAUUUGAAGUCCAAAACAAAUGGAUAAAAAAUAAAAAAAAAAUGUUAUUUGAAGGCAUAAAAGGAAAAAAAAAAGGAAAAAAAGAAGUGAUAUUUGCCACUUUUUAAAGGAACUCACUAUGGUGUCUGUAUUCUCAACCUCUGAAUCUGGACUCCAUCUGUGAAUAAGCCAUUCAGACUCAUCUUCCCUAUUUAACAGGGUCUCUAGUGCUGUGAAAAAAAAAAGCUGAACAUUGCAUAUAACUUAUAUUGUAAGGAAUACUGUACAUUUGAGGAAGACUUUAUUGCAUCUGGGUAAGCUGUAAAGACAGGCAUGAAGGACUCAGAGGAAAAUUUUUCUAAAGGCGGAUGGGGAGGAGAAUAAAAAUGCCGACUGAGAAGAACCAGGUCUAAUGAACGAAUGGACAAACUGCCAGUCGUGUCCUCUCUCUCUCUCUGGCUGGCUCAAGUUGUUUGAUGCAUUAACUAACUAACUAACUAACUAACUAAAAGCUGUAGGCAGAUCAUUCAUUCAAGGCACCAGGCCUUUUACAUAGGAAGUAAUAAUGGUUUUGAGGCAAUCAGUGUUAACAUAUGGAUAUUGCCAGUGAGGGUUUUCAGAUAGCCAUUCUUCAGGCCUAUAUGCAUUGUGAACAAGUUCCUGUAAUUGUUGUUUGUAUGUAUAAUUCAAAGCACCAAAUUAAGAAAGAUGUAGAUUUAUUUCAUCCUAUAAUACAGACUGAAUGGUUGUAUAAAUUUAUUUACUGCUAGUGUUAAGACCUGUUUUUAUUUUUUUUUUUGGUUUUAUUUUGUUUUCAUAUUUUUUCCCUCUUUUUUUUUUUUUUUGAGAAUAAACUAGAUUAAAUUCUGUUGA